AUGCACGAAACAGUAGCCACGAAAGGUCAAUAUAGAAAAGAGUUCUUCAUCCUCAACAGUCCCGAGAUUUACCGAAAGACGAAGGAAGCUGUCAAGGACUUCCCCGCCGCGUCCAAUAUCACCGUUGUCGCAGUCAAUGCAGUUUCACCAAUCAGGAAGCCGAUGUCCCUGUCCCCCGAGAUGCGCUCCUUGCACCCGCUCCUCCGACCCCGGCGCGAGCAGCCGAAUGGGCAAGGGAACGGUGGUGGCACAGAUGAUUCGGGCAGUGACGACGACCGGGAGGACAACAUGCCGGGGUAUGUGGAACCUGAGGAUGGUAGGGAGGGACGACCAACACUUCCUGCCUACGAGAACGCGACAUUUCAAACGGCACAUGCUGUUAACCUGCAAAUCAACAAUCUCAACGUAAGCCACCGAGACAACAGGAUAACCGCCACGAGUCUCGUCAGCAUCAGCGCAAGCUCCAUCGACGAGCUGUCGACGGAAAUUAUCCGCGCGAUCGAUACCACAUGCGGAUCUCACGAGACGGCGAUGGCGUGCAAUUGGGGAUCAGGGCCUUUCGCUGCCGGACUCACAAUCAGUCAGGCGGUGCAGUUCCCUUCCUGGUUCAUUAAUGUCGGUGUGCCAGGUGAUACACGGAUUGACGGUUUUGGAAGUGGAGUCACCCGGCAGGUGCUUUCUUCUGCUGUGGGCAAAGCUUGUCAACGGCUCGGUGCAAGUGCCAUCGUUGACCGCGAGUUCCUCCACCUGCUGUUCCCUUCUGUAUCUGCGUUUGUUGGCCUUAUCCCUGAGGACCAUGGUCAGGGCAUAGCCUAUUCCCAACCGCUUCAGCUGUUCUUCCAAUCAUGCUUGGAAGACUUUCAGGUUACGUACGGUCAACCAGCACAAUCCGCCGAAGAUCGACAAAUGAUAAUACAUGCUGCCGUCACCGGAUCUCUCCUCUGCCAUCCAGUAGAGGAGGAUCAGGCUGACUGUAGACUCUUCCAAGCGUUCUCAAAGGGGUUCAAUAUCCCACUUGCGGGUGGAGGAGGUUUGAAACCGCUCGAUUUCACGUUCUCAGAUGAAAUCACGAGGGAGGACCAGGAGGCGUUCUCCAAUGCAUUCAAGCGCUAUGUACAUGGCGUCGGUCACCCUGGCUCGCCGGAGAUCGAAGCAAUGGUUUCCGCGGAAACCCGGGCGGCAGAGGCACACGAUGCAUUGUAUCGUGCGAAGCGCGUCGCAAUGGUCACUACUGGGGUCGACCUGCUUCCUCACCAGGGGCAAAAUAUCAAGAUUGAACUGAGCUCAGCGCCCCCGCCAGACAGCUAUCGUCAACGGCUUGCAGACGUGGAACGACAGGCACUCCUUGGUUAUGUCCAGGCGUGCUUCUUCAAGGUUAUAUUUUUCCUCAGCGACCCUUUGCGCACUGCACUGCAGCAAUGGAACAAACCAUUGGGUGAAGAUACGAGAAUGGACAUCAUUCUCCAUCAAACAUUUUGCAUGGUAGGAGGAGUGGAGGAUGGUUAUACACUUUAA